UUGAAUCGUACAUAAGGGCGUUGUUUUCAUGCCAAUAUAUGUAUAAUAGUUGAGUCAAAAAAGUUUCCAAACAAAGUUGUAAAAGUGAAAAUGUCUGUCGCUGUUGACCUCGUUAAGAACGAACCUCAUUUACGAACACUAAAACUAUCAGGACAUGUUGGAUUUGAUAGCUUGCCGGAUCAGCUGGUCAAUAAGAGCGUUCAAAAUGGUUUUGUUUUCAACGUCAUGUGCAUAGGUGAAACAGGUCUUGGCAAAUCAACACUCAUGGAUACACUUUUUAAUACAAGCUUUGAGUCUACACCAAGUCCGCAUACAUUACCGAACGUAAAAUUGAAAGCGCAUACUUAUGAAUUACAAGAGAGUAAUGUACGUCUCAAGCUAACAAUUUGCGACACUGUUGGGUAUGGUGAUCAAAUUAAUAAGGACGACUCAUUUAAAGCUGUAGUUGACUAUAUUGACGCACAGUUUGAGGCCUAUUUGCAAGAAGAGCUCAAGAUCAAGCGUUCUUUGGUGUCAUGUCACGAUAGCCGCAUUCAUGUAUGCUUGUAUUUUAUUUGCCCAACAGGUCAUGGGCUUAAGUCCCUAGAUCUUGUAUGUAUGAAAAAACUCGAUAGCAAAGUAAAUAUCAUUCCAAUUAUUGCAAAGGCUGACACAAUCUCAAAAUCCGAGUUGAACCGUUUCAAAAGCAAAAUUAUGCAAGAAUUAUCCAAUAAUGGUGUUCACAUAUAUCAGUUUCCAACCGAUGAUGAAACUGUUGCUGAAACGAACACAACUAUGAAUACUCAUGUUCCGUUCGCUGUAGUAGGCAGUACUGAUUUCAUAAAAGUGGGAAACAAGUUAAUUCGAGCUCGUCAAUAUCCAUGGGGCACCGUACAAGUUGAAAACGAAAUGCAUUGCGAUUUUGUUAAACUUCGUGAGAUGCUGAUCCGAACUAAUAUGGAAGAUAUGAGGGAGAAAACCCAUACACGUCAUUAUGAACUUUAUAGACAGAAGCGUCUUGAACAAAUGGGCUUUAGUGAUGUAGAUAGUGACAACAAACCGAUUUCAUUCCAACAGACCUUUGAGGCGAAGCGGUCUAAUCAUUUAGCUGAAUUACAAGCCAAAGAAGAAGAAGUUAGACAGAUGUUUGUACAAAGGGUCAAAGAAAAAGAAGCUGAGCUCAAAGAAAGUGAAAAAGAGCUGCAUGCAAAGUUCGAUAAACUUAAACGAGACCAUGCUGAGGAAAAAAGAAAACUAGAAGAUUCUCGAAAGAGGCUAGAAGAAGAUUUUGUGGAAUUUAGUCGUCGUAAAACCCAAAUAUCAACCUCUCAUCAUACUUUGACUCUGGGCAAAAACAAAAAGAAGUAAUAUACUAAUGUUUAAUAGCUCUAUUUAUUUGACAUUUGAAUAAUAUUUCCUUGUAUUUAUUAUAUUAUCAAUACAUCUAUACGCACCUACGGGAUUAUAAUGCAUAUUUUCAUAUAAGUA